CUGUUCGCUGGCUCGAGGACUGUGACCACUGGAGCUUGAGCGGGCGCUGCAAGUGGAUCCCCGAGUCCGAGCUGCACAGCCCGGAGUCGGCCUGGCCGGGGAGAGGGUGCACGGGAGACGUGCACGGGCGCAGCCCUGAGCUCCGCUGCGAGCGCUCUGCCCUUGGCUGCAGCUGACAGGGGCCGCGGGCGCGCGGUGGUCCGUGAGGGUCUCAGCCGCCGGCACCUGCGCAGCGGCCAGCGCCAGGUCCUUCCACCCACGCCCCGCUGGGGUGGGCGACGAGGACCGGGGAGCGGGUGUGGGUGCAGGCACGCACGCACGCGCGCGCGCGGGGUGAGGGGGGACACCUCAGGGCCACCUCGUCGCCCCGCGGCCGUCGCUGGAAAAUGUCUCAGGAGAGGCCCACGUUCUACCGGCAGGAGCUCAACAAGACCAUCUGGGAGGUGCCCGAGCGCUACCAGAACCUGUCCCCUGUGGGCUCUGGCGCCUAUGGCUCGGUGUGUGCUGCUUUCGACACAAAAAUUGGGUUGCGCGUGGCGGUGAAGAAGCUCUCCCGACCGUUUCAGUCCAUCAUCCACGCCAAAAGGACCUACAGGGAGGUGCGGCUGCUCAAACACAUGAAACAUGAGAAUGUGAUUGGUCUUUUGGAUGUUUUCACACCUGCAAGAUCUCUGGAGGAGUUCAAUGAUGUGUAUCUGGUGACCCAUCUUAUGGGGGCAGAUCUGAACAACAUUGUAAAAUGCCAGAAGCUCACAGAUGACCACGUCCAGUUCCUUAUCUACCAGAUUCUCCGAGGCCUAAAGUAUAUACAUUCAGCAGACAUUAUUCACAGGGACCUAAAGCCCAGUAACCUUGCUGUGAACGAAGACUGUGAGCUGAAGAUCCUGGAUUUUGGAUUGGCUCGACAUACUGAUGAUGAAAUGACAGGCUACGUUGCCACCAGGUGGUAUCGGGCUCCUGAGAUCAUACUGAACUGGAUGCACUACAACCAGACAGUUGACAUUUGGUCGGUCGGAUGCAUCAUGGCAGAGCUGCUGACUGGAAGAACGUUGUUUCCAGGAACAGACCAUAUUAACCAGCUUCAGCAGAUUAUGCGUCUGACUGGGACACCCCCUGCUUAUCUCAUUAACAGGAUGCCAAGCCACGAGGCAAGGAACUACAUUCAGUCUUUGAACCAGAUGCCAAAGAUGAACUUUGCAAACGUAUUUCUUGGUGCCAAUCCCCUGGCCGUUGACUUGCUGGAGAAGAUGCUGGUUUUGGACUCAGAUAAGAGAAUCACUGCAGCCCAAGCCCUCGCUCAUGACUACUUUGCUCAGUACCACGAUCCUGACGACGAACCAGUGGCCGACCCUUACGAUCAGUCUUUUGAAAGCAGAGACCUCCUCAUCGAUGAGUGGAAAAGCCUGACAUAUAAUGAAGUCAUCAGCUUUGUGCCACCGCCCCUUGACCAAGAAGAGAUGGAAUCCUGAGCACCUGGUUUCUGUUCUUGUUGACCCCACUUCACUGUGAGGGAAAGGCCUUUUCAUGAGAACUCUCCAAAUAUUGUUCAAGUGCC